UUGUGUUUCAAACCAGAGAUGUAGAGUAUAUUGGGCUUUGCAUUAGCUAGCUCCAACCUUUGCUCACAUUACUGCUGCUUUACAACUAUAUUUUUAGCUGUAAAAGUUAUUUCUCAACCUCCAACUACAGAUUUGAGAUGAGAAAUCCAAAACCUGAAUCGCUAUAUCAGAUUUUUUUAAAAAUCUUUAUCAGUAAAAAAUAUCUCUAAUGAAGAAAAUUGUAAAAAAAAAAAAAAUGAGGCUCAAAUAUCUUUACAAAAGACAAACGGUAAAAAAAUAUCACACAUAUUUAAGCAAGGGAGCAGACUUGGUUUAUUUUUUUUUGACCAAAACGAAACUAAAUCGCCAUCGGAAGAAGAAAACAAAUUUAAAAAAAGGUAAAAGAAAGAAAUCAAGACAGGACAGAAAUGGAACAUGCCACGAAAUCAGUCCAGUUUCGGAUUCACAACAACAACUAACUAUUAAGAUUUCACUUUCCCUUUCUGAUUACUAAAGUGGAAAUUUCUUUUCGAUUCAAUAUUUGUUUUUGGUGAAGCACAAUUCAAUGGCUUCUUCGAGCUCCCUCGGGAGCUCAAUUCCGGCUCCAGAGGCCGUUCAAGUUCUCGUCUCAUCACUCGCGGAUGAAUCUCCCAUGGUGAGAGAAGCCUCCAUGGCUUCUCUUAAAGACAUCUCUCCUUUGAAUCCUCUUCUGGUGCUGGACUGUUGCUCCGCUGUUUCUCGAGGCGGCCGUAGGAGAUUUGGUAAUAUGGCUGGAGUGUUUCAAGUAAUGGCAUUCGGAGUUCGAGCUUUAGAUAAAAACGACAUUGAUGCUUCUUAUAUUGGCAAGCUUGCCAAAAUUGCUACCGCUGAGAUUAUCUCCUCCAAGGAACUCAAUGCAGAUUGGCAAAGGGCAGCAGCAAGUCUGCUUGUUGCAAUAGGCUCACAUCUGCCUGACCUUAUGAUGGAAGAAAUAUUUCUCCAUUUGUCAGGGCCAAGCUCAGCUUUGGCGGCUAUGAUUCAAAUACUUGCGGACUUUGCUUCUGCUGAUGCUUUGCAGUUUGCACCGCGUUUGAAAGGCGUGCUUUCUCGAGUUUUGCCUAUUCUUGGGAAUGUUAGAGAUGCCCAACGGCCAAUAUUUGCAAAUGCUUUUAAGUGCUGGUGUCAAGCUGUCUGGCAAUAUAACGUUGAUUUCCCUUCAAAUUCCCUGAUUGAUGGUGAUGUCAUGUCAUUUCUGAACUCUGCUUUUGAACUUUUGUUAAGAGUCUGGGCUGCUUCACGAGAUCUUAAGGUUCGAGUAUCAUCUGUGGAAGCAUUAGGCCAGAUGGUUGGUCUUAUCACCCGCACACAAUUAAAGACAGCUUUACCAAGGCUUAUACCUACUAUAUUGGAGUUGUGUAAAAAGGAUCAAGAUAUUGCACUUAUUGCAACCUCUAGUCUCUAUAAUCUCCUAAAUGUUUCCUUACUUUCAGAGACAGGCCCUCCUUUGCUUGAAUUUGAGGAACUCACAGUUAUAUUAUCAACACUCCUCCCUGUCAUCUGCAUGGAUAAUGACGGCAAAGAGCACUCAGAUUUUUCUGUGGGACUGAAGUGCCUGUUCGAGGGGCCAACAUGGUGGGACAGAGAAGAUUCACUGAUUCAGGCCUUUUUUGCUUUAUUCAAGCAGGCAAAAUAUAACUGGAUGACUGACCUUACCAUGCCUGUCGCAUCUACACAAAACUCAUCUCCACUUCAAAGUCAACACUUUGUAUAUGCUCCUCUCCUUAAUUGA